AUGUUGCCAAAUGUCAAGCAGCAGCACCGGCCGUUCGAGUCGAACUCGACAAUUGACGACCUUCAGUUAAAACACGUCCGACUUGACGCUUUAACGUCGUCGAAACUAAAGUUUGUCUCAGUAUUUCGUGAGAUGACGUUCCCCGACUCUGAUCAAGAUUCCGACAGUGACUACGUGCCAUCGGAUGAGGAAAAUAGAGACGAGAAUACAGAGAGUGAGGAAGAUGAGGAUGACACUAGUACGGAAGAAAUAUUCGAUCGAUAUCACGAAGAGGAAGAAAAGGACGAGGAUGUAGAUACUAAGGGCAUAUACAGAUGGGAAGAGCACUAUCAUCAGGCUGAUGUAGCCUUUCGGAAGAAAUUUGACUGUGCUAUUGACACACGAGCUUACCCUGAGACAAGGAGACGGUUACGACGAAAUAAAACGCGGUAUCAAGUAUACAAGUUUGUGCUGACAGGUGUGGCGAUUUUUUGUUUGGUGCAAUUGGCACUCGUGUACGUAGCAUCGUCGUGGUCAUUUUCGAUGGUGACGUGGAGAGAAGCGUCAACUGAAAACAAUUAUCUGGAGGGAGGAAGAUUUACCGACCUUGCUCAAUUGAAUAGCAAUGGACCUAGUGAUGUAAGCUUAAGGCUGACAUCUCAAUCCUCACAAAAGCAGAUUCCAGAUUAUGUGCGUACUGCACUGCAUCUGUGUGCAACGCUUUCUCGACGCGUCAUCAAGUCAGAAUAUGAUGCCAAAGUUACACAACAUUCGUUACGUGCUUGCGAUAUCGCUGUGAAGUUUGCACCAACAAGUUCACGCGAGGCUAUUGAGGCUUAUGGACUCCGCGGGGAUUUACUUAGUUUGGUAUCGCGCUUUGACAGUGCUGAUGAGGAUUACAAAGCCGCAAGGACGUUGGUGCUCGAAGUCGAAAGAAGCCACACGGACCCGCAAGUAGCACGGACAUUACUUCAGGACAUUGAUCUUAAAACGUUAGUCAACCGCUGGACGCAAUUGUACAAGACAAAGAGGUUCAAUGAACUGAGACGUGAGGUCAAAGCCCGAGCGGCUCAAAAGCAUCAAACUAACGAGGCAAGUGCGGUGAGCGAGUUGGCGGCCCAUUGGCUGAGUGCAUUCAAACAGAAAGAACGUGUACUAGACGUGCUUACACUUCAGCGCCGCUACACGCUGCGUCGUCUGAAUUUUGAAGCCUUCGGCGGUGACUACACAAGCUAA